UUGCUUGAUUAUGGGUGAUGAAAAAAUCGAAAGAGAUCGGAGAAUUUUGUGAUUGAUGCCGUUGAAAUUUUGGUUGAGAACAAACAGGACAUGCUUGUAGGUGGAAGUGACACAUCUUAUGGCGGAAAUGAUCCAGAAGCCAGAGUAGCUUAGGGUUUUCAGCAACCUCAUCUCAUCAAUGGCGGCUCCUCACCGAUCCUCCAAGACGGAGUCCUAUGUCGACAACAAGCGCAAGGAAGACAUCCGGCAUGCCAACAUCCUCGCGGCGCGCUCCGUCGCCAACGCCGUCCGCACCAGUCUCGGUCCCAAAGGCAUGGACAAGAUGAUCUCCACCUCCUCCGACGAGGUCAUCAUCACCAACGACGGCGCCACCAUCCUCAACAAGAUGCAGGUCCUCCAACCCGCCGCCAAGAUGCUCGUCGAGCUUUCCAAGUCUCAGGACUCCGCAGCCGGUGACGGAACCACCACCGUCGUCGUUAUCGCUGGCGCACUCCUCGAGCAGUGCCUCCUCCUCCUCUCCCGCGGCAUCCACCCCACCGUCAUCUCCGAUUCACUCUACAAGGCCUCCAUCAAAGCCGUCGACGUCCUCACUGCCAUGGCCGUCCCCGUCGAGCUCACCGAUCGUGACUCCCUCGUCAAAUCCGCCAGCACCUCCCUCAACAGCAAGGUCGUCAGCCAGUACUCCACCCUUCUCGCUCCUCUCGCUGUCGACGCCGUCCUCACAGUCAUCGAUCCCGCCCAGCCUGAAAUGGUCGAUCUCCGUGAUGUUAAGAUCGUGAAGAAGCUCGGCGGCACCGUCGACGAUACCGAGCUCGUCACGGGCCUUGUCUUUGACAAGAAGGUGAGCCAUGCCGCUGGUGGACCUACUCGCAUGGAGAAUGCUAAAAUUGCCGUGAUCCAGUUCCAGAUUUCACCUCCGAAAACCGACAUCGAGCAGAGCAUUGUGGUGAGUGAUUACUCUCAGAUGGAUAGGAUUUUGAAGGAAGAGAGGAGUUACAUUCUGGGCAUGAUUAAGAAGAUUAAGGCAACUGGUUGCAAUGUUUUGUUGAUUCAGAAGAGCAUUUUAAGAGAUGCUGUCACUGAUUUGUCUCUGCAUUAUCUUGCUAAAGCUAAGAUAUUGGUGAUCAAAGAUGUGGAAAGGGAUGAGAUUGAGUUCAUUACCAAGACAUUGAACUGUUUGCCCAUUGCCAACAUUGAGCAUUUCCGCGCCGAGAAGUUGGGCUAUGCUGAUCUUGUGGAGGAGGUUUCUCUUGGUGAUGGCAAGAUUGUGAAGAUUUCUGGGAUUAAGGACAUGGGGAGGACCACAACUGUGCUUGUCCGCGGAUCCAACCAGCUUGUGCUUGAUGAAGCGGAGCGGAGUCUUCAUGAUGCUUUGUGUGUUGUUAGGUGCUUGGUUGCCAAGAGGUUUCUGAUAGCCGGUGGUGGCGCCCCAGAGAUAGAGUUGUCGAGGCAGCUGGGUGCCUGGGCAAAGGUGCUUCAUGGGAUGGAGGGUUACUGUGUGCGAGCAUUUGCUGAGGCACUUGAAGUCAUUCCUUAUACUCUGGCUGAGAAUGCUGGUUUGAACCCCAUUGCAAUUGUUACUGAGCUGAGGAAUCGUCAUGCCCAGGGUGAGAUCAAUACUGGAAUCAAUGUGAGGAAGGGUCAGAUCACAAACAUCUUGGAGGAGAAUGUGGUGCAGCCGCUGCUAGUAAGCACGAGUGCUAUCACCUUGGCAACAGAGUGCGUGCGGAUGAUUUUGAAGAUUGAUGAUAUUGUAACUGUGAGGUAGAGGUUAUGAUUGAGACCAAGAGACAAAUUAGUUUAUGUUCCUUUUAGUGACUCUGGUUAAGUGAUUUUUGACUUGCUCUGGCUAUGGUGAAGCUUGGUGUUAACUGUUAAGAUCAAGUGCCUGUGAUUCAUUUGGAGUGUCAUUGAGUUAAGUUAUAUUUGAUCUUUUAGAUGUGUUGGAAUCUGGGCAUCUUUGUUUUGGAGGAUACAUUGAUUUGGCAGGAGGGGAAGCUUCAAUUGCCAUUGCACCAUGACAUAUUUAUCGUUGUGUUUUCGAUUUCCUGUUAUUAAACCAACUCUUCUGGUGUUUUUGUAUUUGAAUUCUGUUCUUUUAAGUUAGAGGAUGCUUACUGAGUAGAACUCCAUUGGUUGCUGACAAGGGGACUCUGUUCCAUUGGUUGCUGAAUCAAGUAAAACUCAUGAAGUUGUUACUUGGUAUAAAGUAGAGGACAAGAUAAAAAGGAUUGAUUUCUCUAAUUGGUUUUCAAUAUUUAUAUGUUUGAGA